AUGCCAGUCUCGAACUCCCCUUAUUCGACUGAACUGCAGAUUGUGACCGUCUCGGAAGCGCGUCGAUUUCCGGUCUUUGCUAAGCGCGUCUUGGAUUCAGAUCCAGUUCGCGCUAACUUGAUUCUCCCUACUCUUCUAAAAUGCUAUGCUGCAGAAAGCAAGGGACAAGUCAUGAAUGGCCACCUAUGGAUUGUCGUUCAUGUCGCUGGCGCGGUGUAUUUCAUUGCGUCAUGCACUCGAGGAUAUAUGGGAGACUACCCACUCUUUAUCUAUACCCCCAUACCAUCCGACCAACUCAUCCCUCACUACAUAAGGCCGGCUCUGACGAUGAUUGCAACCACCUUGUUCCAUAGCCGUCUAAUCUCUCCUCGACGUAUCUAUUCAGUUUUUGCUCAAGAGACAGUGACUUUAACCUUUGCCUCUGUAUGGACCGAGAUCACCGGCAUUGCUCCCGAGUCUACGCCAUACUACCACGCAAAGAUCAGUUAUGCCACUCAAGACUCUGUGGCCAGGUCCAAUAGGGAUGUCAGUCCAAUCAGAAAUGCUUUCUGCGAAAUGCGCCCUGCAGUCGCUAGUGAUGUCGUGGGCAUUGCUGACUUGUGCUUCCGCUUUGCCAAGGAAUCGGAGCCCUUCGUACUUUCAUGGCAAGCCGCACUGGAAGAGGCCAGGAUUCUCGUGCAGUGCGGCCAGGUGUGGGUUUACACGGCGACAUUUCCGGGACGACCCACCGCCAUUGCCUCCAUUGUUGCGACCACUCGUAACACUGACGUGGCAGCAGCGAUUACCAAAGUGUAUACACACCCUGACUUUAGGAGUCAAGGCUGCGCAGAGAGGCUUGUGCGCAAAGUUUGUUUCCACCUGCUACAGACUAAGAAAUAUAUUGUUCUCUACGUUGGGCUUGACAAUCGCGCGGCCAACGUAUAUCAAAAAGUCGGAUUCCUCGGUAUCGGCCAGAACGCUCAGCCCGUCCCUUUGGUCGAUAAUUGGCUUGAGAUUGGCUUUGACCGUAACCAGGUCAAGCUUGGUCACUGGUAA